AUGAGAUGCGCCGUUAUUAAAUGUGUGUGUGAUGUGUGUGCAGGGCUGAAGGAGUCGACGGAGCAGCUGGUGAAGAAGAAGUUGGAGGGGAAGGAAACCCUGACGCCGUGGGAGGGCUUCCUGGAGAAGAAGAAGGAGAAGAAGAAGCAGAAGAAAACUAAGAAGAAGGAGGGCGAGGAGGAAGAGGAGGCUCUCAGUGACGACGAGCUUCCUCCAGACGUCGAUCUCAACGACCCGUUCUUCGCCGAGGAGCUCAACGCUGCAGCAAGCAGAAGAAGAAGAAGCUGCUGAAGAAGAAG